CACCUGGACCUUCACUCCCCUCCAGCCCUCGGAGAGUUUGGGGGAAGCCCCUGCGGGUGGGAUGGGCUUGAGGGCCGGGAUGGAGCCUGACUCCCGGGAUUGGGAGGGCAGUGGGCAGCGCUGGGGAAUAACGCCCCGGACCCGGAGCCCCGGCGGCACAGCCCCAGACUUCCUGGAAAGCCCAACAGUCUAGACGUGCUGGGUUUAGAUUCUCCCCUCUCCGAGAGUUCUCAGGAAGUUUGGGGGAGGGGCGAGCCGCUGUCUCCCCUUCGGGCGCGGGAGGCUGAGCCGCGACUGCUGCAGCGGCGGGUCUCCAGCUGUCACGUCCCCGCCCACGGGCGGGCUCCGGGGCUCCCCAGGGGGGCGGCCGGGCGCGGGCGGGGGGCAGCGGCGGGCAGAGCGCGCGGGCCGGCAUGGAGGGACUGGUCCUGCUCAACGCCCUGGCCACCCGGCUGCUGUUCCUGCUGCACUCGCUGGUUGGGGUCUGGCGAGUGACCGAGGUGAAGAAGGAGCCGCUGUACUGGCUGCUCGCGCUGCUCAACCUCUUACUCUUUCUGGAGACUGGGCUCACCCUCAAGUUCAAGCGCGGCAGAGGCUACAAAUGGUUUUCACCAGCCAUAUUUAUCUAUCUGAUUAGCAUUGUUCCAUCAUUAUGGCUUCUUGAAAUGCACCAUGAGACCCAGCAUUGCAGUAGCCAAUCUGAAGGGAUGUCACAAAAUACCAGCAGCAAAGAAAACUUCAAUCAAACUUUGAUGUCAAGUGAACAAGCCAAUGGAGCAGAUGAUCUCAUUAAGACGGCCAAAGUUUUUGUGAAUAACUUAUCUACAGUAUGUGAAAAAGUUUGGACUUUGGGACUCCAUCAGACAUUCUUGCUAAUGCUCAUAAUUGGAAGAUGGCUUCUACCCAUUGGAGGCGGGAUCACUAGGGACCAACUCUCUCAACUUCUCCUUAUGUUUGUGGGAACAGCUGCUGACAUACUGGAAUUCACAAGUGAGACCCUGGAGGAACAAAAUGUGAGGAAUAGCCCUGCCCUAGUCUAUGCCAUCCUUGUUAUAUGGACCUGGAGCAUGCUGCAGUUUCCACUUGACCUGGCAGUACAGCAUGUCGUCUGCCCCUUGUCUGUGGCAAUGAGGGGGUUCCCCAGUCUGUUUUUUUGCCAGUACAGUGCCGAUCUGUGGAACAUUGGAAUCAGCAUCUUCAUACAAGAUGGUCCCUUCCUUGUCGUGCGUCUCAUAUUGAUGACCUAUUUCAAAGUGAUAAACCAGAUGCUGGUGUUCUUUGCCGCAAAGAAUUUCCUUGUGGUGGUGUUACAACUCUAUCGCUUGGUGGUGCUGGGGCUGGAUGUCCGUGCUUCCUUGCGAAAUCGGCCAGGAAGACUGAAAGCAGAGCACAGCUGCCCGUGUGAGCCAGCUGUGAGUGGGAUCUCACCUGGAGAUUGGGCGAGUGGCUCUAAUGGGGGCUUGGGUACCCCCUUGCAGGCCUUGCCUGUCACCCCUGAGCACUCUCACCCCACACCGUAGUUCCUUGCUGACAGCAGCAUGCAGCUAGAACGUUCGACUUUCUGGUUCCUCUUACAGACAGAAUCUACCCCCCCCCUUCUUUUUUAACUUUAGCAUGUAAUAAUUUUCAAAGGAACAACAUAAAAAGCGAUCUUAAGCCAAAGCCGAGGAAUUUUCUUUUUUCGACUGAAUGGAAAGAACUUUGAUUAGUGGCUAUCGCUACAACUUCUGUGUGAUGGUAUCAGAUGUUAUAGUUGUUCAACGACUAAGUGAUUUGUUUGUCUUGAACUGUUUGAAAAGCUAUGGACAGGGUUACAGUGACAUGCCCUCAAAAAGAUUUAGUGCAGACAAACUGUCACGGCUGUUACCUGAAAAUAGAGAAGCUUUGAACUUUGGCUCCAUUGUCAGACUAUCUCAUCUGAUCUUUUCUGCAAUGUCCCCUGACAUCAAAAAAUGUACAUUCAGUGAAUGCAGAACAAAUGAAGGGAAAAGUGCUUUUAAAAUUACCUCACUGUGAGCUGGAAGCAGUGAAAAUCUCUGCCCAGCUUCCAUGGCAUUGAGAGCUCUCUUCAUCGCUGCACAGACCUUCCCAGGAAAAUCAUUUUUCUGGGCUGAUGUGGUAUUCUGUCAUGGCGCAUAUGCUCUUACAGAAAUUUUAUUGCUUUUGGCUUGGGCACUGCGAAAUUCACAGCAAGCCAUUUCGGUUGUGAGGCAGGAAAUACUGGUAAUGCUAGCAAAGUCACAAUUUCCACCCUGAAACAUGAUUUGCGGUAUUCGUCAGUAUUUUUCUUAACUCUACUUUACCGUUUUCUCCAUUGCCAAGUCGAAUUAUGUGGGUUGAAGCAAGGAAGCACUGAAGCAGUGAAUAAAGGUGUUUCAGUCCCUUUAAGUGUUACCAUAGUUUCUGGAGUCCGCCAGUGGUAGGCAGAACUCCUCUGAGCUGCCACUAUGGAGCCCAGCCUGCCUUUGGUCUCAGGGAAGGUACUGGGGCUGGAGGCUGGCAUCAGCCCUACACACAGCCAACAGCCCUUGAUUAGUGACAGGGCUCAGAAGAUGCCACAGCAUUGUGGAUGUCAGAAAAUUCGCUUUUCUUGCCUGCAUUAAUGACUUCACUUCCCCAGUGUUGAAAUAGCCAUACGUUACCCUUUAUACACAUCUGUACUUUCUAGAUGGAGGUCAUUCAGAACCUUUUGAAAUGAUUUUUGCUUUUAAGAUGCAGUGUGGAAAGUUACCUGACUAUAUAGCAGUAAUUACAUGUGAGGCAAGCAGUUCCAAAACUCUUCUUUUAGGGUUCAAGGCACAAUUCCUGCUUGUUAGUAUGCUGAGGAAUUCAAAGGGACAUGAAAGAUAAGACACAGUAUGACCUUAAGUUGGGUGUGGCUGUGUGACAACCAAUCAGAACAAUUUUAUCUAUAAAUCUGUGUGAAUGAUAUCUGCUCAAAGCACUGGGUAAAAAGUUUCCUAGGCAAAUUCUGUUUUUAUACAGAGAAAUUGGUAUUUUCCACUUCAUGGCUUUGGUGCCUCAUAAUGCGUUUCUGUUUCUUCCUUUUCUUCCUUGUGUUUCUAAUUUUAACAAGGUGAUGAUUAUAGAACUUACAUGUGAAACUAAUGGAGUACAUUUGUAAUUUUCAUAAUAAUUUUGUGAACCUUAAGAUCAGGAAAUUAUAUUUAUAUAAAGAACUUGACAACUUUUAAGGGCGUGUUAUUUAAAAUGCUUAGCAAUUGGAAGCAAAAUAAUAACUGCUACUAUUUAUAAGAGUGCCUCGCAGAAUCUGUUUUUAUGUUGACUGUUUUAUGUUGAAUGUUUUCCUCCACAACAUGUAUGUGCUGCUUAUUACUGCAGAGUUGCUCAUGGCAUACUUUUCAUGUUUUAAUUUUUUUUCUCCCAGCAAAACAAACAUUGAACAUCUAAAAAUAGAUAAACUAUAAAGUAGUACGAGCUGUUGCAAGGAUAUUUUUAAAUGCUUUCAAAAAUGAGACUUGGCUGGGCUUCGUGAAUGAAUUCCUAGUGUUUAAGUAAAGUAUUUUGUAAUUAGCACUCCUCCAAAGGCCUGGGAAAUGGGAAGUCCAGAGUCUUGCUUUCCUUAGAGUGCCAGGAUGGCAGAGAGCACAGAGGACCGACUCGGCAAUGAAUAGUGGCAAAAAUAGACACACGCUGUACAAGGUUUUCCAGGAAAAUCUGCUAAGGGCAGCAUUUGUUAACCUAACUGCCAGUACGCUCACUCUUUUCGACUGUUUUUAUAGCAGAAAAAAACCUAUAUUCAUUUCGUUUAUUUAAAAACAAAACCUAAAUCCAGGUUGUAUCCCUAGGACCCCUGAUGGCAAGAGUUAGAAUUGUAUUCAUUUAAUUGUAUACUUUUAUUGCAGAUUGCUAAACGUUGGAGUGUUUGAAAACAUCCCAGCCUUUGCUAUGUAAAGUGGCUAGAUCAGUAGUUACCGCCCAUAUAUUGAUUGACAGCCUGGGACUUGCUUCCAUUUUAUUUCUAAUCAGAUAACGAUUUGGACCAUCUGUACAAUGUGUUGUAAGCCAUCCCUCUCUACAGCCUUGCACAAGACACGUGACACACUAAUCCCCGGCCACCUAAGAGAGUGGCUUGUUUGUGGUGCUGUGGUUAUUGUUGUGGUAGUUGUUCCUGAAUGGCUUGAUUGAAGACCGAUCAAACGUCCUCCAUAAAAACAUAUUCUCCUUGUGAGAAAACAGUGUACGUGUUUCAACGACGCUGCGUGCAAACAAACCUUAUAACCAUCUCGUGGGUUUACUUUUCACCUUAGUAAGAUAGGUCUCAAAGGACGUGACUUCAUCGUGCAAGAUGUCUAGCUGUCUUUGUCUUUCAUCAUUCUGUUAAUUUUUAUUUACAGAUAACAUAAACUGGAACUAACAUAAAAAAAUAAAAAUUCGUAUCGGCCAAUAACAUCCUUUCUAAUCUUCCAAAACGAAAAAUCUUGCAGAUCUAGCAGUUGGCUCUGCAGUGCUUCCAUUCACAUGCGGCAACAUUUCAGGCCUUGUAAGAUCAGAAAGAGCCAAGAAGUACCAGGAUUCACUAUUGUAAUACUAAUUGUGAAUUUUUUCUUUAUUGGAAAGUUUCCAAAGCCCUGGAAAGGCAUGCAUUGUCUGUUCACAUGGUUUAGGGUUUCCUCCCAAGUUUCAGAGUUCAACAUUGACUUUUUUCUAUUCUCUUUGGCAUUUAAUUUCAAUGAUUCGGGAUCCAUUCUCCUGUUAAAAGAGAGCUAGAGAGGCAAAAGGCCAAGCCUCUGUCCACCUUCACUCUACUUCAGCUCUAGGAAAGUGGAAUGUUGAAAUAUACUGCAGGGCCUUAAAGAUGCACAUAAAAAAAAAUCUUGAAUUAUAAGAAGAGACUGUUCCUUUUGUUGUUGUUUUUUCUAACUUCUUUUUACUUACUGGACAUUCUUAUCCACUCUUGCUAAUAUCUGAUACAAGGCAGCUGGAGAACAUUUAUAGCCUUGAGGCUUCAAAUAACUUUCCCUAUGAUGGGAGGAACUUUAAACAAUGUUCGAAUAAUCAACUGUUGCAGCCUUAUAUUUUACACAUGUCCCUCCUCUAAAUCCUUCUUUCUAGAAUAUUUUGUGAGAAUAUUUUCUCUGAAUUAUUUAUAUUUAUACUAUUUUGCUAUGAAUGACCUUUGUAUUUUAUUAUACACAUUAAAUAGUUUGUGUAGAACCUUA